AUGGCGAUCGGCAAGAACAAGCGCCUGUCAAAGGGGAAGAAGGGAAUCAAGAAGAAGGUGGUCGACCCUUUCACAAGGAAGGACUGGUACGACAUCAAGGCCCCCGGGUUCUUUGAGGUCAAGCAGGUCGGCAAGACGCUCGUCAACAGGUCGCAGGGAUUGAAGAAUGCCAACGACUCGCUGAAGGGCCGUGUGCUCGAGGUGUCGCUCGCCGAGCUCAACAACGACCAGGAGCAGUCUUUCAGGAAGAUCAAGCUGAGGGUCGAGGAUGUUGCUGGCAAGUCAUGCCUCACCUCCUUCUUCGGCAUGGACUUCACGACCGACAAGCUGCGGUCGAUUGUCCGUAAAUGGCAGACCCUCAUCGAGGCCAAUGUCGACGUAAAGACAUCCGACGGUUACAUUCUCCGACUCUUCGCUAUCGGCUUCACCAAGCGUCAGGCGAACCAGGUCAAGAAGACGACAUACGCGCAGGGCAGUCAGGUCAGGGAGAUCCGGGCCAAGAUGGUCGAGAUUAUGAAGCGCGAGGCGGAGGGAAGCGACCUCAAGGAGUUGGUGCAGAAGUUUGUGCCAGAGUCGAUUGGUCGGGAGAUUGAGAAGGCGUGCAAGGGUAUCUACCCCCUCCACAACGUCUACGUCCGGAAGGCCAAGAUCCUCAAGACACCUAAACUCGACAUGUCCAAGCUCCUCGAGCAACACGGAGAGGCCACUGAUGCCGCAACAGGAGCAAAGGUCGUCAAGAGCGGCGACUUUGUGGAGCCUGAAGCACUUGCGUCGGUGUAG